AUGCUAACCUUCCAGGAGGCAUUGAUCGAUGAGUCCCCCAGUGAUGCACCCACUGCUGGACCCUUCAACCAACUCAAUCCUAUAGUUCCGACAUUGUCGACCCCAGAAUUGCCACAUGGUCCUGGCAUACAUCCUGAUGACUAUCUCUUGUACAAUGAACAGUGGAUUCAUAAGCAAAUGCAAUAUUUUCUGACUAUCCUUCACUCUGGUUGUACACUAUCUAUCGGUGUGCUUCGUUCCACAUCAGCAAGUCUCAAUGGUAUAUCACGUGCUUCUAUCAACAUCACUGUCAUGAAAGCCUUACCUUCCACUGCAAAGAUCACAGGACAACUUCUUACUCUUAUCCCAACCAAUGCUUUGCCUGAUGCCUCACAUUAUUUUUUGUGGGAUGGAGGUCACCCUGAAACAAUGUUCAUCCACUUCCAGGACAAUGUUAAUAGUGAUGCAUUUACUCAAGUCAAUGGUGGGCAAAACACCUGGAAAGUUCCUCGAGAUGCAAUGCAAGCUGCUUAUGAUCUUCUGUGGGCAAAAGCUGUCAAAAUGAAAGUGACACUGAAGUCAAUUGCAUCUGUCACAUUCUCAAACAUCAAGUCUCUCCCUUAUCAACUUUUCGAUGGGAGUGUUGCAGUGUUUUCAGUUGAAGCAAACAGCCUGUUGGCAGCAUAUGAAGGAGAACAUGUUGCAACCUGUUUGCUGUCCUCAGAAAACCUAGAUUUUUCCUGA